AUGGCCCCCAUUGCUGUCGAGGACAUUGCCCAGACGCCUGUUGUGUCAAAGAAGGCCACUGGUGCCAUCAAUGGCGACGCGAGCAAACCAACUCUGGCACGUUUUGAUGCGAAUAAUCCGGCCACAACGACGGAGCUCCUCGUAUCGAUCAUUGAACGUGACGGCGGUGUUGUCGUGGAGAACCUCAUCUCCAAGGAACUGGCCGCUCAAAUCAAGAACGAGCUGAAGCCUUACUUCGAUACAGAUAAAGUUGAUCCUUCAGGUUUCUUCCCGCACACGACACAGAGAGCCACCGGCCUCCUGGCGCGUUCCGACGGCUGUGUUGAACUAGCAAUGAACCCCACAUAUAUCGAUAUAGCCAACAAGAUGAUCUCUUCCACAUAUACAUACUGGAACGGACAGAAGCAAGAGACGGUAUUUGCUAAACCCAUAAUAUCCUCGACUGUCGGCUUCCGAGUAAACCCGGGUGGAAGGCAACAGGCCCUGCACCGCGACGACGGCGAUUAUCACACGCGCAAUUGCGACAUGCCCAUGAUGCUGGGUUGCGUGACGGCGUUGACCAAGACAACGGCAGAGAAUGGUGCAACAAUUGCCAUUCCCGGUUCGCAUCUCUGGGGUCCAGAUCGCUGCCCUUAUGAUCACGAGGCGAUUCCUGCCGAACUAGAACCAGGAGAUGCUUUCAUCUUCGCCGGUAAUCUUUAUCAUGCCGGAGGGGCCAAUGUCACCCAGGAUCAAGCUCGUGAAACUGUGGGCAUCUUCUUGUGCAAACCGUAUUACCGCCCAGCCGAGAAUCAGUUCCUUAUGGUACCCCCUGAGAAGGCCAAGCGACUGCCGCCCCAAGCACAGAGAUUAUUGGGAUACGGGAUCAGCCGUCCUGCUCUGGGCUUCAUGGAGUAUCAAGACCCAAUGCGAGUUCUCUUUGGCGUCGAGGAUGAAGAGACGGUCGAUAUGUGA